CUACCCGACACUGCUUGGCGUCGCGAUGUUCUUCACUUCGUUUUUACUUUAAAGUGCUUUGCGUUUCUCUAGUUAGAUAUUAUGGCUGAUAUUAUUGAAAUGACUAGUGGCGGUACCAACAUGGCGUACCGUGGCCUAAGUCAACACGUAAAUUUUGACUCGAUCCCAGAUCCGGAGGACCGUUUUUCUCUUGAGGAGUUAAUUGGCGAAGGCACUUAUGGUGAAGUAUACUCAGCACGUGAAAAGGAAACGGGAUCUCAAGUGGCCGUGAAAAUUCUCGAGAAUGUCGCUGAUAACAUCGAGGAAAUAGAAGAAGAAUUUCUUGUGUUACGGGAUCUUAGUAUGCAUCCUAAUAUUCCGGAAUUUCAUGGAAUUUUUCUUAAAAGAGCAAAGCCUGCUCAAGAAGAGGAUCAGCUUUGGUUUGUUAUGGAGUUAUGCACUGGCGGUUCUGUGACGGACUUAGUACAGGGACUGAAAAGGCGUGGAAGCCGUUUGACCGAUGACCAGAUAGCCUACAUCUUGCGUGAGACCGUCGAAGCAUUGAUUUACUUACAUAACAAUCAUUGCAUGCAUCGUGACGUGAAAGGCCACAAUAUCUUGUUGACUGAGGAUGCACGAGUCAAACUCGUUGAUUUUGGCGUUUCGUCGCAUCUUGCGGCAACUUAUGUUAGGCGGAAUACAUCUGUUGGAACGCCAUACUGGAUGGCACCUGAGGUGAUUGCUUGCGAGCAGCAGCUCGACUCUUCGUAUGAUUCACGCUGCGAUGUAUGGUCGAUUGGUAUCACGGCUAUCGAAUUAUCAGAGGGUGACCCACCACUGUCUGAACUACAUCCAAUGCGUGCCUUAUUUCAAAUUCCUCGUAAUCCGCCUCCUUCCUUAAAAAAUCCAGAUAUUCAUAUGCCGGAGUUGGUUGAUUUUAUUACCGAGUGCCUUGUCAAAGAUCUUGAGCAUCGUCCGUUUGCUUGUGAACUGAAAGAGCAUCCUUUGCUUUUGAGUAUUGAGGAAAGAAUGGAUGAUAUAAGACUUCAAAUACAGGAAGAAAUCAAACGGCAAAGAUCCGAAGGUAAAGUACAUCGACAGCCAGAAGUAACGACUAAGCAUGGAAAACUAAAAACUGAUCGAAAAACGCGACCCGAAAAAAUGUAUAUGGAUGAUUUAGCAGCGCUAGAUAUGCUCUCGGAAGAUGCAAUUGUUGACCAACUACAAAACCGUUAUGAAAGAUCGCAAAUUUACACUUACAUUGGUGACAUCCUUGUUGCAGUUAAUCCAUUUGCGAAUCUCGGCCUUUAUACAGGAAUGGAGCAAAAGCGUUACAAAGGCCAAGCCCGUUCCGACAACCCGCCACACAUAUUCGCCGUAGCGGAUGCAGCCUAUCAAGCGCUACUGCAUCAGCGGCAAAACCAAGCCAUAGUUAUCAGCGGCGAGUCGGGUGCCGGUAAAACUGAGUCGGCUAAUUUGUUGCUUAAGCAGCUGGUGUAUCUAAGCAAAGCUCCUAAUCGUAAUUUAGAAGAGCGCAUUCUUCAGAUAAAUCCCAUAAUGGAAGCAUUUGGAAAUGCAACUACUGGUAUAAAUGCAAACUCAUCACGGUUUGGAAAAUAUCUAGAUCUUACGAUGACUAAAGGUGGUAAGGUCACCGGUGCUAGGAUUGCCGUGUAUUUGCUAGAACAAUCACGGGUCGUUGCGCAAGCUGAAGGAGAGAGAAAUUUCCACAUUUUCUACUAUAUGUAUGAUGGUCUUGAAGCUGACAACCGUUUGCAAGAAUUUUUCUUGAAUCCUGAGUUACGACAAAACCACCGAUACUUCACCGAUAAAGUCGAUACAUCACAGACUCAUAUAGACAAAUUUCAGCAGCUUAAAAAUGGAUUUAAAGUUCUGGGUUUUCAUGAUGCUGAAAUUGACACUGUUUAUAGCGUCUUGGCAGCAGUACUCCAUCUCGGUGAUAUUGAAUUUACCGAAGUGGUCUCCGAAGAUAAUACCGACAAUAAAAGUGAAGUUGUUGAUAAUGAACCUGUAUUGCGAGUAUCAAGACUGUUAGGAAUCGAACCGAACGAUCUCGUUGAUGCUAUAACAUCAAACUCAGUGGUAACACGCGGCGAAACAAUUACCCGCAAUAAUACAGUUGUGGAAGCUUGUGCUGCACGUGAUGCCAUGGCCAAAGGACUCUAUGGCCGUUUGUUUGACUGGAUGGUCAAUCAGAUUAAUAUAUUGCUCAGUUUUAAUCGCUCUCCUAAUUAUGAACCUUUGGCUAUUGGACUGCUCGACAUUUUCGGCUUCGAGAAUUUCCCGAAAAAUUCGUUUGAGCAGCUUUGCAUUAAUAUUGCUAAUGAACAAAUUCAAUAUUAUUUCAACCAACAUAUUUUCACCUGGGAGCAGCAAGAGUAUAUGGCUGAGGGUAUCCCGGUGGAUUUAGUCGAGUUUUCAGAUAACCGGCCUGUACUUGAUAUGCUACUAAGUAAACCAAUGGGAUUGUUGGCACUCUUAGAUGAGGAAAGUCGAUUUCCAAGAGCUAAUGAUAAAUCUUUGAUUGAAAAAUUCCAUAACAACAUCAAAUCAAAAUUCUAUGUAAGACCAAAAUCAGAUGCUGUUUGUUUUGCUAUUCAUCACUUUGCGGGACGAGUAGUAUAUCAGGCAGAUGGUUUUCUUGAAAAGAACAGAAAUUUUCUGCCACCCGAGGUUAUACAACUUGUUCGUCAAUCCCAGUUUGACAUGGUUCGCUUCCUAUUCCAGUGCCCCAUUACGAAAACUGGUAAUCUAUAUUCUGCUAUCCAUGAUACAGAUUCCCGAAAAUUAACGUCUUCUGGACACAGUACAAAGGAACGAUAUUCAAGCAGAGGAUUAGCAUCCCAGUCACGAGCGCAACAGACCGUGGCGACAUACUUUAGAUAUUCGCUUAUGGAUUUGCUGCAGAAGAUGGUAUCUGGUUUACCGCAAUUUGUUAGAUGUAUCAAACCUAAUGACAAUAGAAGUCCAAAGUUCUUCGAUAAAGAAAAGGUUAUUAAACAGCUGAGAUACACUGGUGUACUGGAAACUAUUAGAAUAAGGCAAAAUGGAUUCUCUCAUCGAAUAUUAUUUAAUGAAUUCUUAAAGAGAUACUGUUUUCUUGCUUUUGGUUGGGAUGAACGGGUAAUCGCAAAUCGCGACAAUUGUCGCUUACUUCUAGUGCGUUUGAAGAUGGAUGGUUGGGCUUUGGGCCGCACUAAAGUAUUCCUCAAGUACUAUCAUGUUGAAUUUUUGUCCAAGCAAUACGAAGAACAGCUAAGAAAGAUUGUAAUGGUGCAAGCAUGUGUACGAAGAUGGUUAGCUAAGAUUCGCUUCAAGAAGGAGAAAUGGCAGCUGGCAGUGUCGGUAGUAACGCUGCAGCGUCAUAUUCGAGGUUGGCUUGCCAGAAAGCAUGCCAUUAAAGCCAUCAGAAAAAGGAAUAUGGAUGAAGAAGCUUCCGUACUUCAAAAAUCUGCUGAAGAAAUAGUUGACAGGACAAGAGCAUCAAGACAAGCAUCCGUUGAUGCAGAUGAAAAUUUGAAAAAUGAAGAGCAUGCUGCCGUAAUUAUUCAGAGUCAUUUCAGAGGAUACACAAUUCGUAAGAAAUUUGGUUAUGAACUAGAAGAACGUUACAAAAAUAUUUUGAAUGAUUAUGACGAUAAGAAAGAAGCUCAUCAGGCAUUACUACGCGAAGGUCUCAAAAAUGAAGAUGCGGCUCUCAUUAUCAGAAGAUGGUAUAAGACAGAAGAACGUGUCAGAAAUAAGCCGGCAACUAAAGAUAAUAUCCAUCCUAAGCUCAGACAAGCUGAUUUAAUUCACUUUGCGCAGACUGUACAUAUGAAGAACCAAGAAGUGCAUAAGUACUUACGUCGCAACAAGCCUGGAGUACGAUUAUACGAAAUUGAGGACUUACCACCAGACUACGUUGUUCCGGAAGGCUUUAAAAUGGCCAGAAAGGUUUUGCAAUAUCGCAAUGGAAACCAACCAGAAGCUGAUGAUACUGUCAAAUAUUACCGUGACCUUAAGGAAGAAAUGAGCAGUGGUUCCGACUUCGAAGAAGAAGAAGUUGGCUGGGACUUACCGUUGAUACAGCUAGAAAAUGACCUUCAGCCAUCGGGGAGAGGUCGAAUGGGUCAAGUACUGGAGCUGAAUGCCGAAAGAAGAGAACGUCUACAAGCUUAUGGAGAUUACACAGUCGCUCCGGAACAACAACUUUCAGAUAUUUGGCAUAAAGCCCUGAGAAAUCCAGCAGAAAUUCAAGUGGGAGACAGUUCGACGAAAUCGAUUAAUACAAGGACUAAUGAGCUGCGUAAUCACAUGCGAUCCUCACCAGAUAAUCGAGCACCCGCCAAGAAGCCGCAGUUGCCUAACGCUAAUAACAAUGCGUAUAUCAACCCUGCAACUGGCAUACGAAUCGGAGUUAGUUACAAGGUCAUCGAGCCAGUUUUACCAACGAACGGGAUCAACAGCUUCGUUAACAACAAUAACCGACAGAAUCAUCAACAACAUCGAGACAAAAUGAUCAAGCAGCAAAGGCAUAACAACAAUAACGUAGGAGAACGAAAAAACGAGCUGAGCCGACUGCCCAUGACCAACCUGAUCGAUCGAAUAAGCAGCCAGGAUAACAACUACAAUAUCACCAAUAAUAAUAAUAAUAAUAAUAAUAAAAUAAUAAUUAAUGACCAAGAUAAAAACAGACAAAGACCGAUCAUUGCACGAAAUUUGGUCAACAGCCAUCCAACGAUAGCAGUAAGAUCUAUUAAUGACACAAUCGGAAUAACACCAGAUCUUAGGAAAUUUCUCAGGCCAACAAAAGUUAACGAGGAAAAGAAAAUGCUGCAGCAACAGGAUACGGAAGACAUUAAUGGGCCUUACAAUUUCCGUAAACUAUUGAGGCCAGCCGAAUAUUUGCCAACCGAGUCUCUUCGUAAGAGGAAAGGCUGUAACGGAGCUACUGCCGUCAAAGAAAAAGUUACCGGUAAGCAGGUGAAAAGGAGAGCGCCACCGGCACCAAACGUCAAUUGUCGAAUUGUCGGCAGUCGGAAAUAACAAGUUGCAAUUGAGUAAAAAUUCAGAUCGAUUUUCAGUCUUACAUUUAUCGCUUUUAGAACUAUUCCAUGAAGUUUAUGUUUCUCAGAUAUUAGAUGUUUUUUAUUAUUAAAAGAUUGCUACUGUGACAAACAAGUUGUGGAUUGUUCGAUCGUCAACUGUGAUUAAUAAUCUAGAAACAUUAUAUUGGCUGCGCGCGAUUAUACGAAGCAGUGUUUAAAAUGAUUUUUAAAAGAUUUCUUUUUUCAUUUGUUUUCAGAUUAACUAAUCGAAUAAUAAUUAAUGUGCGCAUGUUUAGUACUAGUCAUUAUCAAUCUAAACUAUCGCAGUUCAGCGAUCAUUUCAGUAGAAAAUAAUAAAAACUAUUGUGUUCGUAACUAGGUAAUUAGAGAUAAGACACCAGUGGCUCAAUUUUUUGCAAACCAAAAAUCAAUAUUCAUUUACAAAGCAGUAAAGAAUAUUAUUAUUAUCGUUAUUAAUAUUUAAACUGGAAUUAUUAAGCUCCUAUAUUACUUAAUAAUGUAAGGUUAAAAUUAUUAUUGAGUCGGUAUUUCACUAUUGCUAAAGUAAUAAAUGUAAAAUCUACAAAGAAAUAUUAUUGUUAUAAUUUAGCAAGCCUAUAAAAAUGUU